AUGGAUAGUUUGAUUUUGAGAAAUAGUGGUAGUAUACAAUCAAUGGAUGAUGUGUCUAUUCCUAUGGACUGUAAUUGCUUUGCUAGCCUGGAUAUAUUAGAGGAGGAAGAUGAGCUUAUGGUGAUGACAAAGGCGCAGUUACCAGGUGCAGACUCCAUAAAAAUGGUAAACGCAAAGAAGGAUGAUACAACGGGUAGUGUAAGUGUGGUUAGUUUUAAUGCCUACAAACAAAAAGAUCAGCAUAGUACUUCCAAACAACUGGAGAAAAGGGCUUCAUUGGGGAAAAGUAGUAAAGAGGAAGAUAUGUCUUUUAAGCCAAAUGAGGCAGGAAGUUUGUUGGACAAAGGAGCUUUUUGGGUUAAUCCUAGCAUAUAUGUGCAAUUUGACAGUGGAGUUAGUAGUGAUUGGUUAGUUGAUGGGGCUGAAAUUAAAGAGUGUCAUCUAUGGAAAGGGUCCAUUUUAGAGGGGGAAAGAAAGCAGAAGUCAUAG